AUGGUCUCGGUAAAGAGAUCGGCCUCAUCCCCUCUUGAGGGUGAUCAACCACCAGCAAAGAAAUCUGCCACCGAGUCCGCUACUAAGCCUGCUGCUGAGCUCGCGCCCUUCCUUGCUGCCCCCCCUGCUACUCCUGUUGUUCCGCCUGCUGCCCUCCCCACUGCUGGUAUUCCUGGUGCCGAGCUUGUUGCUGCGGUCGCGGCUGCGGUCGCAGCAGCAGCAGCUGGACCAGCUGCUGGUGGCCCUGCCUGUGGCCCUUGGGUUUUCAAGACUAUGAACGACGUUCCUCUGGCUAUAAGAGCUAAACACAUUAUAAGAUACUCUGUCAAGUUUUUAUAUCUAGGAAUGGCUGCUGAUGGCAUCCUGCAAAAUCAUACUAUUGUUAGACUGACCUUCCAACAUGAACAGACAAAGGAUACUACAAAUGCACGUGCCGAAACCAAAGGGUAUGAAGGAAGACAUAACUCGGCACAAUAUGACUUUGAUAUCCCAAUCAAGGCAGGAAGAACAAAAGCCACGAAGUUGGAGAAAGUCAAAGACUUCCUUCAGGUCAUUCACGACAAUGAAACGAUUCCGGUGGGAUUCAAUACUGAUGAGCAUACAGUGGGCUGCAAAGAUUUUAACACUCAAUUGAUCCAUCGUUUGAUCCAAGCUAAAAUCCUUGAUGUCCCAGAUGAGGAUGCUGGGGAAUAUUACGAAAACGUUCUGUGGAAUUACGGCUUGGGUGAUUUAAAGGCGCCUAAUAAGAUUGGAUAUGCUAUAUUUAACCCUACUUAUUACGAGAAUCACUUCGAGAUCCCUGAACUUGCAUAUGAGGAGGAAGAAGAGCUUGAGCUCUUGGAAGUCGACGAUUCUGAAGAUUGUAAGAGUAAGUAUUUGAAAGAGCACCUACAAGUAUAG